AUGUAUUUUGUUUAUGGUUUUGGAGGAACUGGGAAAACAUUUCUUUGGAAACUACUAUCAGCUGCGUUGAGGUGUAGGGGAUAUAUAGUUCUUAAUACUGCAUCAAGCGGAAUUGCUUCUCUUUUGCUACCUGGUGGCAGGACUGCCCAUUCCCGUUUUGGCAUACCGAUUAAUCCAGAUGAGUUCACAAUAUGCAAUCUGUUUCAUGGAACAGAUAAAGCUAAUUUGAUCAAGGAAGCAUCUCUAAUUAUAUGGGAUGAAGCACCCAUGAUGAGCAGGUAUUGUUUUGAAUCUCUAGACAGAAGUUUAAAUGACCUAAGAGAUCCAGAUAAUAAGCCUUUUGGUGGAAAGGUUAUAGUGUUUGGUGGUGAUUUUCGACAAGUGCUUCCUGUUAUAACAGGAGGUGGCAGAACAGAGAUUGUUUUGGCUUCCAUGAACUCAUCAUAUCUCUGGGAACAUUGCAAGGUGCUGAAACUAACUAAGAAUAUGAGACUGUGUUCGAACAAUCUAACAGAUGAAGAGGCAAAAGAUCUAAAAUAUUUUUCUGAGUGGAUUUUGGCCGUUGGAGAUGGUAGAGUGUCAGAAGCUAACGAUGGGGAUGAGGUAAUUGAUAUUCCAGAAGAGUUUUUGAUCACGGACCCUUCUGAUCCUAUAGAGACUAUAAGUCUGGCGAUUUAUGGAGAUGCUGAUUCACUGAGAGGAAUGAAAGAUCCUACGUUUUUCCAACAGAGAGCAAUUUUAUGUCCAACAAAUGAGGAUGUAAAUAUGAUUAACGAUCAUAUGUUAUCUAAACUUGAUGGUGAAGAAAUGAUUUAUAUCUCAUCUGACAGUAUAGAUCCAUCCGAUACUGGUUCUGUCAAUAAUGAGGCUCUAAGUUCGGACUUCCUAAACAUUAUUAAAGUAUCUGGUCUACCAAAUCAUAGUCUGAGAUUGAAAGUUGGUUGUCCUGUUAUGUUGCUUAGGAACAUUAAUCCUAACGAAGGUUUAAUGAAUGGGACAAGAUUGUAA